GCUCCUCCAAGUAAUCAGUUCCCUGUGUCCCACUCCGCAAGAAUCCAAUAACUCUGCGUUGAUACCUGGGCCAACGACGCCAUGUUUGAGGAUUGAGGUAUCCCAGGCUCCAGAAAAAGCGCUUUCAACUUUCUGCUCGAUUCAUCCCCAGAACCACACUUGGCUAACUUUAUCUCUUGCAAUAAUUCGAAGAAGUUGAGAAUCUUUGUUAGCUUCUAAUAGCCCAGCUGCUUGCUGAUUAAUCGAACAGCAUGGCUACGGUGAACAGUGUGGUCUGCUGCUUCUAUUUCGUCCUGGUUAACAUUUUGUUAUGCUCUCUGCCAACUCAAUCAGCUCCUGAAGGUGCUCUCAUAACAGAGAUUCCUGGAUUUAAUGGCACUAUACCUUCCAAGCAUUAUGGCGGUUAUGUGACGGUGGAUGAAAGUCAUGGGAGGAGCCUGUAUUAUUACUUUGUGGUAUCAGAAAGCAAUCCAUCUGAGGAUCCUGUGGUUUUAUGGCUGAACGGCGGGCCCGGAUGCUCUAGCUUCGAUGCCUUCGUAUACGAGCAUGGUCCUUUCAAUUUUGAAAAGGCCAAAACCAAGGGAUCCUUGCCUACAUUGCACCUAAAUCCUUACAGCUGGUCAAAGGUCUCCAACAUUAUAUAUUUGGAUUCUCCAGCUGGUGUGGGGUUUUCUUUCUCAAAGAAUAAAUCCGAUUACAUAACUGGAGACAUAAAGACUGCUUCAGAUACACACACCUUUCUCCUUAAGUGGUUUGAACUCUAUCCUGAGUUCCUUUCUAAUCCAUUCUUCAUUGCUGGAGAGUCAUAUGCCGGAAUUUAUGUACCUACACUAGCUUAUGAAGUAAUGAAAGGAAUUGAAGCUGGUGCAAGGCCCAACCUUAAUUUCAAGGGAUAUUUGGUUGGAAACGGCUGUACAGAUGAUGAGUUUGAUGGCAAUGCUCUUGUUCCAUUUGCACAUGGGAUGGGUCUCAUCUCAGAUGAAUUGUAUGAGGAGGUUAGAGUUGAGUGCAAUGGGAAUUUCUAUAAUCCAUUGAAUGAAAAUUGUGCAAGCAAGCUAGCAAAAGUUGAUCAGGAGAUUGAUGGUUUAAACAUAUAUGACAUUCUAGAACCAUGCUAUCAUUGGCCGGAGACAAUAGAGACCACACCAUCCUAUAUCAGGUUGCCAUCCAGUUUCCGGCAGUUGGGUGAGACCAAGAGACCUCUACCUGUGAGAAAAAGGAUGUUUGGUCGUGCUUGGCCCCUUAGAGCUCCCGUGAGAGAUGGAAUUGUGCCAACUUGGCCGCAACUCAGCAAUAGCCACAACGUUCCAUGCACUGAUGACGAGGUCGCAAACUCAUGGCUGAACAAUGACAUAGUCAGGAAAGCAAUUCACACCGCAGAGAAAGCUGAUGUCAGUAUUUGGGAUUUAUGCACGGGCAAUAUUUUCUACGAUCAUGAUGCUGGGAGCAUGAUCAAAUUCCAUAAGAACCUGACAUCCAGAGGAUAUCGAGCACUUAUAUACAGCGGGGAUCAUGAUAUGUGUGUUCCAUUCACUGGAAGUCAAGCAUGGACUAGAUCAAUGGGAUAUAAAGUUGUGGAUGGUUGGAGGCCAUGGAUAGUCAAUAAUCAAGUUGCUGGUUAUACACAAGGAUAUGAUAAAAAUCUCACCUUUAUGACCAUAAAGGGAGCUGGACACACUGUUCCAGAAUAUAAGCCACAAGAGUCAUUGUAUUUCUACAAGCGCUUUCUGGAUGGAUUGCCGAUAUAGAAAGAGAGACGAAACAGAGGUCAAAUUGAUCUGGAUUUUCUGUGUAUUUCAAUAGCGUAUUCCUACCAUUUGCAGAAUUGCGAUCAUAUCUGUGUUUUAUGUGAAUAUCAAAGUCUUUCAGUGUGUUGGCACAAUUGCUAUUACUAUUGCUAUUAUAUGUAAUAACUAACAUACCUAAAAAUCAAAAAGUGGAGGUUGAUCAAGGGAAUUCCCUAUAAGGCUAUGAG